AAAUCUUUCCAUCUUUGCUUUUGACCCUCAAGAAUAAAAAUCUCCAAGAAAUACCUGAGAGAGAAAUUCUCUUCUUCCCUGGAAUGGAAACUGGACUUCUUGCAGAACUCAACAAAGAAAGGGAGAAAUUAGUUACUAUCCUGGACAAUUCUCAGUUAUAUUUAGAUCAUUUUUCAAAUGUUUGAGGUUAUAUGAUAGAAUAGAAACAAGGGAGAAAGGUGGAUGAGAGAAAAGGGCCUAAAGGAUUACAGAAGCCAAGAGAGCAGUUUGUCUUGAUACAGGUUUAGAAGAAUCUGCAUUUACAGGAGGAGCCAAGAACCUCAGGCAAAGCAGAUACUGCAAGGAAAUGUGGAUCAAGCUCAGAAGAAUUGAGUGCAACUUCCAGUUCUGUGUCCCCUACAGCAGCAUGUGGCUCAUGUGACCCACUGAGGACCCAAGUGCCCCACAUCGCUCCCAGGUGGCGAUAACAUGAGAAAUGCCCACCCACAAGGCUCCUCCCAGGCCCUGGCAGGAAGAAUCGCUGAAUGGCUGACGUUUGACAACAUGCACCACCAGUGGCUUCUGUUGGCCGCGUGCUUUUGGGUGCUUUUCAUGUUCAUGGUGGCCAGCAAGUUCAUCACACUAACCUUCAAAGACCCGGACGGAGCGCACUGUGAGCUGGCAUCAGGGCAUCACCGAGGUGCAGGGGUGUCCCAAUCCCUGGCCCCGGCCUUCAGGGAACCGAGGUGCUCCGUGUCCAUGGGCGGCUCCUUCCAGCUCUGUCCCCGGGGAGCCUACAGCGCCAAGCAGGACUUUCUGUUCCUGACUGCCGUGCCCGAUGUGGGGAGGUCGCCAGGAGAGACACACUUCCCUGAGGAGCUGAAGCCGACGGGGAAGAUGCUGGUUGAGCCCCUGGUCUACACGCAGCGCCUGGAGCUCAUGAGGAACGUGUGCAGAGAGGAUGCUCUGAGGAACCUGUCCCACACCGCCGUCUCCAAGUUUGUCCUCGACCGGAUUUUCGUCUGUGACAAGCACAAGAUUCUCUUCUGCCAGACCCCCAAAGUGGGCAACACCCAGUGGAAGAAAGUGCUCAUUGUGCUGAACGCAGUGGCCAACUUAAGAGGCGACCAGACCAACACACCUUCUUCCCCUACCCCACCCCCCAUUUGCUUCCCAGGAGCCUUCCCUUCCAUCGAGGAGAUCCCUGAAAACGUGGUGCACGACCAUGAGAAGAACGGCCUCCCACGCCUCUCCUCCUUCAGUGACACCGAAAUCCAGAAGCGCUUGAAAACAUACUUCAAGUUUUUUAUCGUAAGAGAUCCUUUCGAGAGACUGAUCUCUGCGUUUAAGGAUAAGUUUGUCCACAACCCCCGCUUUGAGCCUUGGUACAAGCACGAGAUCGCCCCUGGCAUCAUCAGAAAGUACAGGAGGAACCGGACGGAGACCCGGGGCAUCCAGUUUGAGGACUUCGUGCGCUACCUGGGUGACCCCAACCACAGGUGGCUGGAUCUGCAGUUUGGGGACCACAUCAUCCACUGGGUGACGUACGUGGAGCUAUGCGCACCCUGCGAGAUCACGUACAGCGUUGUCGGGCACCACGAGACCCUGGAGGACGACGCUCCGUACAUCCUCAGAGAGGCGGGCAUCGACCACCUGGUGUCCUACCCCACCAUCCCCCUCGGCAUCACUGCGUACAACAGAACCAAGGUCGAGCGCUACUUCCUGGGCAUCAGCAAACGAGACAUCCGGCGCCUGUAUGCACGGUUUGAGGGGGACUUUAAGCUCUUUGGGUACCAGAAACCAGAGUUUUUGCUAAACUAACGUGUAGGACCAUGAGUUCAGAUAUCUUUGUUAGACCAGAGGCUAACCAGGUGGAGCUCAGGCACAGAAAUGACACUUCUUCCAUCUCACUCCUCUUGAGGACUGCCACUCCCUGAGGACCGGGGUGCACCUUGCCCAGUGAAGCUGGACCCUGACUGUUACGACAUAGUCUGCGCAUAAGGUGCAUGGAGGGUCCUGGCCCCCACCCUCCAGUGCCACUGAGCCUCUGCUCUCCCCGGGUGGUGGGGAUAGCAUUAAACAUUUGCAGUCAGACAGAGCCAAGGGGAAAAUCAGACAGCCUUGAUCGUCUCCCUCAGUUAUCAGACACCUGCAGGGCAGGGCAGUGCUAUCUGUCGCCAGGGGACAGCAGGCAUGGCACCCAGCACUUUGAAGAGAGGCAGACAGCGGUACCCUGCAGACAUCCCAGGGGCCGAGACAGGAUCAGAUCUGAGUAAUAAAGUCAUCUUCUGGCUCUCAUCUUGGCCGCCACUGUCAUCGCAGAGGCAGACCCUUCUCUCCAUGGCUGUCUAGUUCCCGAGAAGUUCAGGAAUGACCCGAGGGCGCUCCUCCCCGUCCACCUUUUCAGAAUACAUGCUGUCUGCUGCUCGGCCGGAUUUCCACACCUUACCUGCCAAGUGAUUAUCUCAUUCAGUCCACGAGACCCAGUGUUGGGAAGUGAGGGAGUGUCCAUUCUUCCCACCUGAGGAAGGGAGCAUCUUUGGGGGCCUUAACGGGAGCAUGGCCUGGGAAGGGGCAGGGCUGGACGGGUGCCGGAAUCCAGGCUGCCCUGGACCUGGGCACGUCCUUCCCAGUGACUUUCUGCCUCUUGUCUCUGAUGGACUCACAUGGGUGGGCACAGAGGUCUUCACCCGUCUCCUCCAGGACCAGUCCCUCCUGGGGGCUGAAGGCAGGCACAGGCAGCAUGCCAGCAUCACCAGAUCAGUGCGGUGUACACAUUUUAGUCUCCUUUCAUCUCAGCAAGACGUGUCCCACUGGGCCCAUUUCUGAUGAUGCCGUCAUCCUGACCCACGUUGGAUAAUCAGGUUCACCAGCAAUAAAACCUUGGGCCGAGGCAGCCCAUGUAACACAUCUUCCAGGCACUGAGGAGCAGCGGACCACACUCGCCACUUCAUGUGCCAGCCGACAGUGAGGCCCCUCGAGGUCUGGGACAGUCUCCCUGCAGAAAGUCCCCAGUGUCCAACCAGGCUGCACAGGGCUCGGGAGCCCAGCUCUUCCUCCAGGCAGCCCCUGCCGUCCCUUCCUCAGUGUGACUUCCUGAGUUUGUAAAUGUGAAAGUAACACGAAAUAAAAAACGUGCCAACCUGA